AUGUCAAAUAACGGCAAACCAAUUGAACGUGUGAAGGAACGGGUGAAUGAACACGACAUUAGUCGGGGCAUCAUUGGAUCAAAUUCACUUGGUACCUGUGUGUUCUUUUUAUUAUCUUUUCAACUCAAACAAAAACCACAAUGCUUUUUGUACCAUCACGCGUUUGAUUUUGAUGAAAGUGAACUUAGUUUAACAAAUCUCCUUGAAGAAUUAUUACAUAAGAUUUGGGAAAAACUUCGACAAUGUCUAAACAUACGAAAAACAAAGCGUAGACAUACAACUAAUUUUCCAAUUAAUGAUGUGAUUUUAGUUGUUGGUGGUGGUACUGUGGACGAAGCUAUUCGAAUUAAAAUGGCCUUUUCGUUAUUAAAUUUGGGACCAAAACAAGAAAUAAUUAAAUUAUUUAUGGAUCCUGAUGUUUACCAUUUUUAUCAUCAUCUCUUGUUUCGAACAAUUAUUAUACAAUCAAUAACAAAAGAUACAAAACCAGAAGAAGAAGACGAAGCAGGAACUGAAGAAGAAAAAGCAAUGAAGGCUAUUGAUCGUGAACCAACAUCAAUUACUGAUACAAAAAAUCCACUUUCAGCUGAAAGUCAUGAUGAAAUAAAAGAUAUGAGUGAAAAUGAUGAUGAAAUGAUGGAAACAAAUGAUACGAAUGAAGGUGAAACAACAGCUCCGAUAACGGAAUAUAUGGUUGAUUAUCCUUCGUUAGAAUUGGAAUAUUGUUGUGUUACUGAUGUAUUAAACAUGGAUAUCCUUUGGACGUCUCAUAGUAAAAAAUUUUAUGUGGCAACAAUGAAAAUCAAUUUGAAACCUGGUUUAUCUUCAAAAUAUAUAUGGAAAAAAAAUGAACAAGAAAUAAAUGAAUUUUUAAAUAUAGCUACAUUUGAUGAACAAGGAAAAUUCAAUGAAAUUUUGAUCUUAUUAUCAAAUAAUCCAUUGUAUUGUUUUCCACAUAUUGUAUGGAAUAUUAAAAUUGGUAUUAAUGGUUUCGGACGUAUUGGUCGUCUUAUUUUUCGAUGUGCAAUUCAACAACGUAUUCCCCAUGUCUUAAAAACCGGGCCAAAACCGGCGGUUUACCGCGAUUUUACCGGUCCGGUUACCGGCUCCCAUUACAUAGAAUUUACCGCGGUAAACCGGUGGUUUUAA